CUCCUCUCCUCUCCUCUCCUCUCUUCUACGGGCCAGCAACCCUCUCAACGCAAGGUUGGUUUCUAUACCAGGACAGCGCAUUAUCAGCUGAAGGUAACCUCAACUUUCACCUGAAAUACACAUUUUCACACAAUUAUUCGAUGUGCUAUACAUUAUAUGCACAUGGUUGCUAUUUUCCGAGGCGCGUGUGCAAAGGUGGUGCGUGGGUGCAAGCUAUAAGACUUUGCAUUAAUAAUGACGGAUAUAGUGAGCCGUGUAACUGAGCUUUGAGAUGGGAUAGCCUAUGUGGAAGGAUUGGCGAUAUUUAUUUCAUUCACAAGGAAACAAAAGUCAGCAUUGAGCCGCCCGUGGUAUAGUUCAAAUAUAGCUAUCUUAUCUGUCAUUGUUUUGAGUACAGUAUGUUCAUGGUCAACAUUUUGUUUGAAAGAAAUCAAGGUUGAAAUUGAGAAGAAGCUGCGCAGUACAGUGAACUGCAUGAUUAUCAGCAAAGCCUCAGCAAAAUACUGAAAAGGCACGAGAGGGAAAACAGACUAAAAAGGAAUUCAUUGUAGCCUAAAUGUGUUGCCAAUUCUCAAAUGUCAUGAUAAAUAGUAUUCUAGAGCUACCCAAAUAAUAGUAAAAUAAGGAGGAAUUCUGACAGGAAUGGAAAUACUUUUGUUGGCUCCUAUAUUUCAUUUUAGUUAUUUUAUUCCUCACGAGACAAAAACCUGGCAUGGUUAAGAACAAUGCAGAGAUGAAUUCACCCAAAAUAUAAAAGCCAACUCGUUUAAAGACCAAUACAUUAUUUUCGUAAGAGGAUCAUAAUAUGUGUCGGAGUCAUCAUUAUUGGCAAUAGGCUCUAAACUGCAUCAUCAAUGGGCAUUUCUUUUACAAAUCAAAUAGCAGAUAAUUACGCAUGUAUAUAGGCUAAUCAAGAACCUGUUAUAGGCCUAUAGACUUGUGAAAUAGGCCUACCUAUAAACUAAGAGGGGAUAACGUUAAAUAUCGAUCUAAGUUUAAAAAACGAAAUAGGUUGAUUUCCAUUUCAGAGAGAUGAACACAGGGAGAGCUCGUGCAUGCUCUGACGCAUUUUAAUCCUUUUUCACUUGGAUGAAAUGUCAUGGCUGGAGGCAAGGGAGACACGCAUCUAGGGGCUAUAUAACAUUUUCUAUUCCGUCUGAAGAGGCACAAUUCAAUAAUAACAAUAACAUGGAUCAUUUUAGUUUCUGAAAUAAAUAAGUAACAACAGCUAUAGCCUACAUUUUGUAUAAGCGUUUUUAAAUAAGGUGGGCCACUUCUGUGUUUUCUAUCCUCUUUUAGGAACGCAUAAUAAACACUUCAAUUAAAUGUCACCCUGAACUGCACGUUUUCCAUUUUAGGUUUUCUUUGUCCAAGUGAAAUUAAUCCUGAGUGCCUUUUUUUUUUUUUACUUCAGUGGUAUGAAACUGACAGAGCGCGAAUUAGCUCCGCUGCUGCUAUAUAGCACAUCCACCUCCUUUAAAGUUUAGACAUUUCCGCGCCGUGUUAUCUAGGGGGGCCCAAUUAAACACACGACUUCUGAUCCCCGGGACAAAAUGGAAAUGUAACAGGUCUUAAAAUGAUUGGUGUUGGCGUGAGGAAGCGCACCUGCAACUUCAUGGAGCUUUGGGAAGUCUAAUGGUCCGGACUGUAAGGAGAGUUAUCUUUUGUCCUCUGACACAAAACCUUUAAUUAUCCCAAACGCGUUUUAUUGUCUGUCAGGCCUCGGCCGGGGCCGUAGGGACAAAACAAUACACAUUCGUUAUAGAUCAUAUAAAUUACUUCUUCAACAACAUGGAAUCCAAACAAUAAAUAUAUUUUAUGGAAUUCAAUAUAUUGGAUUAAGGUACACAAUUUAAAUGGAAAAACUAAGAAAAAACCGAUUUAGCCAAUAUCAUGGGUGUGUGUUGUCACACAUUUGAGAGAGAAGCCUGUCUGUCAGUGUAAGGCGAUAGUUUGAAUACAGAAUGUUUAAUUGGAGAGACGAGGGACAUGCUAAUGAAGAGUCAGCGGCGGAUAAUUAGUUUACAUUGAGUAUAGGUUACUGUUUAAUUGAGAGAGCAUUGAUCUGGCUUUAAAAGCAGUAAUUAGGGCCUACAUUACUUACACAGAAUGCAGCCUGCCACUGACACUUCAACACAUGCAGCUAUAUAACUCGAAAAUUAAUAUACGCUAAUGUCUUCUUAAUUGGGAUAGGCCUGAUAUAUUAUGUUGGUUAUCAGAAAAAGAGAAAAGGGCCUGGCAUUUGGCAUUUGUUCGUUUUAGAAUGGGCGUAUGUUUUUGCCAUGCACUAUUUGAGGCAUAUUUAUUGUAUAUAGGCUUAAUAUUAUUUUGCAGGCCUACUUGUGUUUUGUAGGCUAUGUUGGCUAUGACACACACACACACACACACACACACACACACACACACACACACACACACACACACACACACACACACACACACACACACAUACAACUUGUAAUCUAUAGUAUUAAUUUAUCAGAAUAGGGGUAAAUUAGGCCUAUGUAUGUUUUACCAAUACAACUAAUAUUACAAAAAUUAUUAAAUUAAAUAUUGUAAACAUGUUAAAGCCUUACUUCGUUAUUAGGCCUACACAGCAUGCUCACAGGUAAAUGACUAUCACGUUUAAAAAAUGCACGGCGGCAAAACAUACAUGACGAGGAAAGAUAUAACCCUCACACGACUGUUUCACUUAUGACGUGCCUUUCCACUAGACCUUUCACAUAAAGUUAUCGAAUCAAAUUCAACAAGUGAGACUACUGAAACUCCAUAAUACAUUUUAUACAGAUUAAAAUGUUUUCAAAUUACAAUUCAAUAUCCAGGUCUUAUCCUUCUAAUUCAAUCACAAGAGAUUAUGCAAAUGUCACUAAACCGUAUCGUGUCUUUAAGCAGCGAUUUAGUCUCUACUAAUGUCGUCUGGUAACUAAAACCUAUAGAAAAGAAAAGUAAUGAAAAUGUCAAUACCCAAAGUGUCUCUCUCCACGCUCUCGCAGCCAGCACGCACGGCGGGUUUGAGGGGAGAGUGACAGCUCUUUGUUGGUGAAUAGAAAUCAGUGGCAUAGAGAGAGGGGGCGGCGACUCCUACCAAAUUAUCCAAACUGGGCAGACUUUUGCUCCCUUCACAAAUAGGACACCGCUCUCCAACUCAGGCAGUCCCAAUCUGACCUUCAAGCACACGGAACCCUAUAACGGGAGAUCGUUGUGGGACUAUCGAGAGAAAAACACCCUAAUCUAAUCUUCUGCAAUUUUAAACGUCCAUCACCACCAUCAUCAUUAGGUCAUAUACUGGCCACCGCCGGAUCAGCUGGACUAUACUUAUUUUUUUGGCUAUAAAACAUUCAGGGGAGAGGAAAAUAAUUUAUUCCUGCCUUGAUUUCUCCCUGUCCCUCAUCUCUCCACCACUUGCAGUGAAGGUGAGCUGAGCUGAGUGUGUCUCUUGUUUGUGUGUGUGUGCCUGUCUAACAGCAGAGCCAGUCGGAUGCUCUGAGCCUACUGGACGCAGAGCUGUAUAUGGAAGUUGUGGGCUGCAAGGCAGAAGCGAGCAGUUGCACAUUGCGUCGUUCAGGAGCGGGAGCCAUGCUGUUCCACGGGAUCUCCGGUGACCACAUCCAAGGCAUCAUGGAGGAGAUGGAGAGGAGAUCCAAAACCGACUCGCGCCUGGCCAAGGGCGUGCAGCUCAACGGAAGGGAAUCGGUAAGAAAAAUGAACUAAAUGCAAUGUUUUCUUUUCUUUUCUGACAUCCAUGAAGAUUAACACUUAAAUCCGAAUGGGCAAAACUGUUUAAACGCAAGGAAAUGCUUUAGGAAGCUGUAGUUGGGCUAAAAUAGCUGCAAGAAAUAAUCACUCAAAAGAAAAUGUUGGGGUUAAUAUUGCGUUUACAGGUUCCUAUGGACAUGCAGCCUAUUGUAUGUGGACAUUUUCGUAUGUAAUAAAAAUACAUUCAGUUAUAAACUAAACUAAGUGAACGUGCAUAAAGUAAAAGUGACAAUUAUUACGCACAAUUUGGCAAUUUGUUACACAAUUUCUAUUUUGAGCAAAUAACACAUUGCUGUUGUUAUUGUUUAUUUAUAUAAUAUAUAGGCCUAAUUAAACAGUUUUUACAGAGAUAAUAGACCUAUAUCAGUUUGGAUAUUAUUAGCAUCUACAUAAUAAUUUAUUAGAGGCCUACAUAACUCUUGUUAUUAUUAUUAUUAUUAUUAUUAUUAUUAUUAUUAUUGUUAAUUGUUGUUCUUGUGGCAGUAAUGCUAAAUUAUAGACGUGUGAAAUUAGGAGAAUAUAGCGCACCAGGCUGUCAAUGCAGCUUAUUUUAAAUGCACAAUGAAGCGUAAUUAAUUAUUCUUUGUCAUUGUAAUACAUUUAUGUAUACAGGCUCCAUUUGUUAGAUAAGUUGAACGCUGUUACUCCCUAAACACAACCGGCCCUGCAUGUUGACACAUUUUCAGCUCCGCAGGAAUUUCCUGGGAUUUGCUUUAAAACCGAACUGUCAUAUAUAGGCUACUUAAGAAAGUCUAACGAUCGUUCUACUAUUUUAUUUAUUUUUAAGAAAAUGGUGCAAUGCUCAUAUUUGGCUAAUAUGUAAUUUUCAGAUAUGUUACAGUUUUAUCACACACAAGCCAAACCCCACAUGGGAAGUAUAGGUCUAACCACAUGCGCAGGAUGUGAGCCAUGCAUUCCCACAUUUAUUAAUAUUCCCCUCCUCUCCCUCCUCUCCAGUCCAUGCCUUCGAUGGGCCCGGAGAAGCCCGCGUUGUGUGCCGGCUGUGGAGGCAAAAUCUCGGAUAGAUAUUACUUACUCGCCGUGGACAAACAGUGGCACCUGCGGUGCCUCAAAUGCUGUGAAUGUAAACAGCAUUUGGAGUCAGAGCUCACGUGUUUUGCCAAGGAUGGCAGCAUCUACUGCAAGGAUGAUUACUACAGGUAAGAAAGCAUAAGGUUAUGAAUUGUUGUUUUUCUAUAGGCCUAGUGAAAUUAUUGAUUUUUAUAUUUAAUACACACACACUCUCUUCCCCUCUCUCUCUCUCUCUCUCUCUCUCUCUCUCUCUCUCUCUCUCUCUCUCUCUCUCUCGCUGUCUCUGUGUGUUCGGCAUUAGGCCUGUCAUACAAACUAUUGAUAAUGUCUGAAACAAUAGACCUAUAACACAAAUACAGGCUACAGAAAAUUUGAAAUAGGCUAUAGGUUAAAUGUACGUACAGAAAGCUUAUUGGUUCGAUCAGCUAUAGCUUUGGCAUAUUCAACAGGUUAUAAAAGGAAGCCCCCAUAUACUGAAUCUACUACAUGGAAAUAGAAAUAGCUGUAAUAGCCAAGCAGCCUAAAUAUCAGAGGAAAUCGGUCGUCUCUUGGCCAUGCUGCAAAUCCGAGGUGUUAUUAUAGACCUGCCAACCUUUGCCCAAAACUGCGGAUGGAGGUUAUGACAUUAUAAGCAAACUGCUGAAUAAAAACAACCUAAGAACAUGGAGGUGUAUUUUAUGUAGCCACUCCUCGCAGUGUGUGUGUGUUCCAUUUUUUCAAUCCUGUUUGGAGUGUUUUAGAAGUGUAAUGUCUGCGCGUGUUUUUAAAGAAUUGCGUCCUUGUUCCAGAAGGUUCUCAGUGCAGAGGUGUGCGCGCUGCCACCUCGGGAUAUCGGCAUCGGAGAUGGUGAUGCGUGCACGGGACUCCGUGUACCACCUGAGUUGCUUCACGUGCACCACGUGCAACAAGACCCUGACCACCGGCGACCACUUCGGCAUGAAGGACAGCCUGGUGUACUGCCGGGUCCACUUCGAGACCAUAGCCCAUGGAGAGUACCCCCACCCCGGCCUCAACUACUCCGAGCUGGCGGCUAAAGGCGGAGGUCUGGCGCUGCCUUACUUCAAUGGCACUGGGACAGCUCAGAAGGGAAGGCCUCGCAAGAGGAAGAGCCCCGCCAUGGGCAUAGACAUCGCCAGCUACAACUCAGGUGAGGAGACGGAGAGGAAAGGAGUUGCUGCUUGGGGAGUUGUAUGGGGGAUUGAUGCUAUUGCACUGUUUGAAAAGAACGUUUCGGUGGGGAUGUUUUGGUUAAGGCCAAAAACCUGUUGUUAGGCUACAUGCUAACUAACCAGCCCAUGACGCGCGCUGGUGAACUGAACAGAAAAGAGAAUGUCGAAUAUGGAGAUUUCAUUAAUUAUUUGGCUUGAUCCGUGUUUAAGGGCAUAGGCCUCAUCUCCGUAGGCCUACACCAAAUGCAAUUUUAACCAAAAAAGGGGGGACAAGAAAGAGAACAAUUAGCCAUUUCACACAUUUGAAGAUGCCUGCUAUCAAUGUGUGCUCUGUUCACGAAGUAGCCUAUUUGCAAUUAUCCUCUUUAGGCUAAAUUGCAUGUUGUCAAAAUGAUAAAAAAUUUACCCCCAGUUAACCAUUAGAUUGACUUUUAUAGCCUAAUUAUGGUCAUCGAAUUUGUCAAAUGGGUACACACAUGAACUUGAACCAGUGACCUACGAACGUGCAGGGGGUAAAAGUAAUUUGGGCUCAUGUACUUAAAAUGUCGCCUUUCGUCUUUCUUGGGGGAAAUUGCCUCCUCGUUAUACAUUACAGGUAAUUUUACAUUUAAAAACUGCCAUUGAAAACGUGAAUGUUAUAAUCCAACCAACUCCGCAGCGUCUCUUUUGUUGUCGCUUUUUACAAUUAGUUUCCGGUUGAGAAAGUUUGUCACUGUGUGCCAAAUUUGCUCUGUUCUCCUUGAAUGGAGAGGAAUAAGGGUAAUCUGCGUGUUAAAUAAUUGUUCUGCGUUAAUUGAAGGUGACGUAGGAAUCCCUGGCUUCCAACCAUUGAAUCAAACUCGGAAGGUCAGCACAGUUCUCAGAAACAGAGUGAGUGAGAUGGAGCAGGGAUACAAAAAUUAACAAAACAAAAAAAAUCAUUACAUACUCUCCAGUAUCUACAGAAAAAUUACUUUCAAUUGUUUUAUAGACAUCAUGCGAGGCUUUUGUUAUGUCCUCUAAUAGGGCCUAUGCCAAGCCUAAUAUGUUAUGUUUCUUGGGCUACUGUAUUUUGCUUUAAUAGCGACAAGGGUGAUAAUGGAUCUAUUCUAAAGACUAUUCCAUUUUCAGAAACAUGCCCAUAUGCCCCAUUACAAUAUUGGGUUUCUGUUUUGUAUUUAUGUUCAGCUGUAGAUGUUGUGCUCUUUCCAUCUUUAAAGCACUUUUGGUUGCACUACAAAGAAAUACGAUUGGAUUUAACUCUGAACUAAAUCCUGCUUUUGUCUAUAGCAUUCCAAAAACAUUCCAUUAGGCAUAUUCAGAAAUUGCCUUUAUUUCACAGUCAGUUUCGGGCAAAAACGUUGAUAUUGUCUAUAUCUGGCUUAAUGUUUAGGUUCCAUCGCCUCUAUAUGCCUAUAGCCUACGUCUUUAGAUAAUUAUUCCAUGCAGUCAUUCCCAUGUCGACCUUGCAGUUGGUAUACCUACUCAGCAUGAUUUCUUAGCGACCCCUGGUGGGUAGUUGUAGAAAGAAAGGCACUCUGCAAGCAACCAUAGCUGAGGAAAAUGGGAUACCCAAGAUUUAAAGAUUGAGGUGUUAUUUUAUUGCAGUGCUUGGCUAACAUGAAUUAAGAUGCAUAUCUGACAUCUGAAAAUAAGUGUUUCAAGUUACAAGUUAGUGAUGGAAUAUGAGUAGUAGUCCUGGACUAUGGCCAAGAUUCAUUUGAAAAAUAAAUAGAUUCUGUAGCCCAGAGAUAUUUAAUCUGUGUUCAUGUUUAGUUCUGGAUCAACUAAACCAGAAUUAGGCCUACUCCUGGAUCAAUCUAGUUUGGUUCUGUGAAACCGGCACUAAAGUCUGUCAUUUAACCUGUGAUUUGUAUUUGCAGGGGGCGGAAAUAUCAAGAUAGGUGUCUUGAAUAUAUUAACAGCCUGCUAUAGGCUUUGUUCUCAUUUAUUGUCAAAGAUUUAGAGAUGACCACUUUAGGUAAUAGGCCUAUAGUAGAAUGAGUAAAGUCUGUCAUAGGAAUAUGCUUUAAACAUGUCUGCUGGAUGUCUUGAAAAUAAUUGUCGUUUGAUCAUAGAAUAACAAUCAAUUAUUUUUAAUAUUUUCCCAUAAACAUAGGACAGAAUAUUAGUAUGGUGCAUAUUGGAAGUAGAGAUUACAUUUUAAUCUCAAUACAUUAUUGCUUUCUUUAAGCACAGAGUAGAAAUGCUAGACCAAAUUGAGGACUGAUCAACUCCAACUGUACAUUUAUUUUAUUACCCCUUUUUCAUGAUAUUCAAUUGGUAGUUACAGUCUUGUCCCAUUGCUGCAACUCCCCUACGGACUCGGGAGAGGUGAAGGUCAAGAGCCAUGCGUCCUCCGAAACACGACCCUGCCAAGCCGCGCCUUGACACACUGCUCGCUUAACCCGGAAGCCAGCCGCACCAAUGUGUCGGAGGAAACACCGUCCAACUGGCGACCGAAGUCAGCUUGCAGGUGCCUGGCCCGCCACAAGGAGUCGCUAGAGUACGAUGGGACAAGGAAAUCCCGGACGGCCUAACCCUCCCCUAACCCGGACGACACUGGGCCAAUUGUGCGCCGCCUCAUGCGUCUCUCGGUCACGGCUGGCUGUGACACAGCCUGGGAUCGAACCCGGGGCUGUAGUGACGCCUCAAGCACUGCGAUGCAGUGCCUUAGACCGCUGCGCCGCUCGGGAGGCUGCUUUACAUACUUUCUAAGGGGUUUGGGUCCGUUACAUUUUUAAUAAUUUAUGUACGAUUCAAUUAAAUAUUUUAUUCAAUCUUAACUGAAAAUGAUGGCCAGGUUAUGGCCAUUUUAUGCCUUUCAUUUCUGUUCAGUGGAAUCGGGAGUCAUCAUAACCUAUUCAUAACCCUGAUCAGGAUGUGUUGUAUCUUUCUAUAACUAACAACCUUGAUUUUGGGAGUGCUGUCCAUGUUGUCAUCAUGGGAUUAUAUUUACGAGGAUCCAGCAGCACCCCACUUUUUGUUUGAAGAAUUAUACUGCAAUGCACACUUUACCACAGUAUAUCUGUUCUAACCUUGCGCCUCCUCCUUCUCCUCCUCUUGGUCAGGUUGUAAUGAGAACGAUGGAGACCACCUGGACCGUGACCAGGCCUACCCUCCCUCCCAGAAGACCAAGCGCAUGCGCACCUCCUUCAAGCACCACCAACUCCGCACCAUGAAGUCCUACUUUGCUAUCAACCACAACCCCGACGCCAAGGACCUCAAACAGCUUGCCCAGAAGACAGGCCUCACCAAAAGAGUUCUACAGGUAAGCAGCAGCCUUCGCCCUCCUUCCUGACCUCUGACCUAGUAUGACAUCAUCACUCUAUAUCCUCCAUUCCAUUGUCUGUUCUCACAUUUGACCAUCAGUUCCAUUCAACUCAUCUUUUUUGGUUUGUUUGGUUUUAUUACAUUUUUUUCAUUGGUUUUCUACCGAUGUUGUAUGGAAUGUUGUUAGGUACCAGGUUCCUUGAUGUACUGUAUGAAGGAGAUGUAUGGUAUUUGUAGUGUUCAGGGUUUCUAGACAUAUAAUUCAUCCACUUAUCACUCCCAAUCUCCCUGGGUCAGUGGUGGCAAGAGUAAUUUAAGAGAGAGUGCACAAGUCUGUAAGGAUCUUUUACAAAAUAAAAAAACUUUCAGCUGGUCAUUUCUCAUUUGGUUUCUACUCCCUGAGCCCAAAAUAAUGGCGUCAAAAUCAACAGUUUGUAGCUAUUGUACUUUACUCUUUCUACUCUACGGGGAGAGUCAGGUAGUGGACAACACUGUGAUGUCAAACAGAUACAGAACAAUUGCAUUUUAUUAGAAUGAAAGAAAAGAGACAAAGAAAAGAAGGUAAUACAUUAGACAUAAACAUAAAGUAAAAGCCAUUGGAUUGGAUUGGUUUGCAGGUAUGGUUCCAAAACGCAAGAGCCAAAUUCAGAAGGAACGUUUUGCGACAGGAGAAUGGUAAUGACAAGGCCGACGGCACGUCACUCCCGCCGCCCUCGUCCGACAGCGGCGCUCUGACGCCCCCCUCCAGCGCGGCCACACUAACAGACCUGACCAAUCCCUCUAUCACUGUAGUGACCUCCGUCACAUCUAGUUUGGACAGCCAUGAUUCGGGGAGCCCCUCACAGACUACCUUGACAAACCUUUUCUAGCAAGCUCUACGACUCUAAGCUCUUAACACAUUUUUGUUUUUUUCCCUAAUUUGCAUUUACAUUUUUUAAACAACACCUUAAAAGAAAACAGAGACAGUUCUGUGGAUACAGGAAGUACUGUACUGUACUGUACUGUAC